GAAGUCGAGGCGAACAGCUAGUCGUAAAUAUUGUCAAUAACAUCUGUUGUCAGUUGUCAAUUCACUGACUGUCAUCAGCACCACCGUCAAUGUCAAUAAAAUAAUAAUUGUCACUGGGAAAUAUUCCGGUGUGCCGUAAAUUACUAUAAAAAUAGUAAAAAUCAUUAAAUUACUUUAAUAUUUCCGCUUCUUUGAUAGCGUUCAGUGUUAGGCACGUUAUUUAUAUGUACUUUAUUAGAUUCAAGUAACAGUUAGUAAGUAAAAUAAAUCAAAAUUCCUCCUGCUUCAGCGACUCAGGGAUCUUCUCUCCGAACUGCUGAUUGGCGGUCGGAGAUGCAGGCGGCGUGCGAGGCGGGCGAGGUGUUCGCCCUGCUGGAGGGGGGCGCGGCCGGCGCGCGCGACGCCGCCGCCGCCCUCGCCGCGCUCUACGGCGGCGUGCGCGAGCCCUGGCUCACGCGCGCCCUGCUGGCCUACCACGCGCGCACCGGCUCCGCGCGCGCCCUCGACCUGCUGGCGCGCGCGCCCGAGCCGCACGCCCGCCAUCUGCUGGACGCGCUGCAGGAGCAGCUCCGCGGCGAGCGCGCGCAGCGACACCACGCGCUCGCGGCCUUCGCCCCGCUCGUCGCGCGCCGCCCGCCCUGGCUGCAUCGUCUGCCCGCGCACCCGCUGGCGCGCGACGUGCUGCGCGCCGCGCGACACGAGCGCGACGCGCUGCCCCUGCUGCACGCGCUGCUAGCGCUGGCCGCGCUGCUGCCGGCCGCGCCCGCGCUGGCCGCCACGCACCCCGCCGAGCUGGCCGACGCGCUGCUGCGGCCCGCGGCGCUGGAGCCGGCGCCCGCCGCCGCCACGCGCGCGCACCUGCAACUGGCGCAGCUGGCGCUGUUCCACGCGCUGUACGCCACGCACCCCUGCACGCUGCUGGAGGCCCUGCGCGCGCAGGGCGCCGAGCUGCCGGCCAGCGCCGCGCGCGACGCCUGGGAGCGCGGCGUGGGCGCGCUAGCCGAGUCCGUGCGCCUGCACCCGGCGCUGGUGACGGGCAGCCGGCUGCGCGAGGCCGACCCGGCGCGCUGGGCGCGGCAGGAGCACCACGACGUGCUGGCGGAGUGCCGGCGCCUGUCGCUGCACGCGCGCGCCGAGGACGCCGCGCCGUCCCCGCUGCCGGCCCUGGCCGCCGCGCUGCCGCCGGCGCCGGCGCGCGGCUCCCCCGCCCCGGGCUCGGGCGCGCACGCGGCUCGUGCAGCGAGCGGCCUGCGGCCCGGCACGGAGCCCUGGUUCCCACUGGGCGACCGCUGCGGCGCUGACUCUGCGCCUCACACGCCGCUGCCGGCGGAGGACGCGGCGGAGCCCGAGGCCGCGGUGGAGGCCACGCCGGAGAACACGCCGGCCAGAGAGACUCGCGCGCAGUUCCGCUUCCCCACCGAGUCGGGGGCGGUGCGCGCCAUCGGACGCAGGUCCCGGCCCGCGUCGCCGCCACGCAAAGAAACGUCGCCGUCGGCCGCGCUGGGGGCGCCGGGCGACGCGUACUCGUCCCGGCUGGCGCGCGUGGCGUCGGAGCGGCGCGCGGCGGACUCGCCGGUGCCGUUCGCGGGCGUGCCGCCGCCGGCCGGGGCCGUGGCGCGGCCGGAGCCGAGCCGGCCGGUGGCGGGCGCGGAGGAGCCGCUGAACGUGGAGGACCGCGAGGUGCUGGAGCUGACGACGCGCGGGGCGGCGGAGCCGUGGGCGGAGGGCGCGGGGGGCGCGGGGCGGCGCGAGCUGCCGGAGCCGCGCGCGCGCUGUGCGCGACUGGGAGGGCGCGGGGGCGCGGGGGCGCGCCGCUCGGCGUCGUGUUCCCCGCGACUGGGGGGCGCGGGGCGCGCGUCGGUGGCGGUGCAGACGGUGGACACGUGGCCGGAGCCCUACGAGUUCAUAGUCUCCGACUUCUUCCACUCUCUGCCGGACGACACUCGUCGCCAAGGGUCGGAGCCCACGCAGCCGUGCGAGCGCCUGGACGCCUACAUGGCCGAGCUGUACGCGGGGCGCGCCAGUCGCGGCGGCGCCGACCUCGCCGAGCAACUCGCGCUCGCGCACGCGCAGCUCAUGUACGAGCGCUGGCGCCGCGACGCGCACGCCGAGCGCAACCGGCGCCUGCUGGGCCGCUGUCGCCAGGCGCACGUCCUCGACCUGCACAACGCCGCGCUCGCCGAGCGACUGCGCCACGCCACGCGCGAGCGCGACGAGCUGCGCGCCCGCCUCGCGCGCGACGCGCCCGCGCCGCCCGCCCCGCCCGCCGCGCCGCACCACGCCGCGCUCGAGGCCGAGCUGGCGGACGAGCGCGCCGCGCGCCUGCGGGCCGAGGCCGCGCUGCGCGAGGCGGAAGCGGCGCGCGCCCUCGACGCCGCCGAGCUACAGCGCACGCGCGGCGAGUCAUUCGAAGCGGCGCGCCACGUCGAGGCGCUGGCGCGCGCCGCGCUGGCCGCCGAGCGUCGCGCCGAGCACGUGCGCCGCCUGCGCCGCGAACUGCUGGUGCUGGCGGAGCGCGAGGCGCGGCUGAGUGCGGCGGCGCGCGGGGCGCAGGCCGCGGGCUCCGCCCCGCCAGCCGACGAGCGCGCGCUGCGGGCGGCGCUGGCGCGCGCUGAGGCGGAGGCGGAGGCGAGCGGCGCGCGCGCAGAGGCGGCGGCGGCGCGCGCGCAUGAGCUAGAAGCGACGCUGGCGGCGCGGGAGGCGGCGGUGGCGGAGCUGAAGCGCGCGGCGCGGCACGCGGCGGACGAGGGCGCGGCGCGGCUGCGGGCCCUGCGCGACAAGUACGCGGCGCUGCAGCGCGUGGUGCGGGCGGGCGAGGCGCGCCAGCUGGAGCGCCUGGCGGCGGCGGGGGGCGCGUGGCCGGGGGACGCGGGGGCGGGGGCCAGGGGCGCGGGGGCCGGGGGCGCGGCCGAGGCCAGCAGCUAA